AUGGCGACCCCGUGGCCCCAGGACGAAAUCUGGCCCACUGAUUACCGAGAGCACGCCACAAAUUUGAGCAAAUAUCUCCAAAAGGCACUGUCAGCCAUCGACAACGGCGAUGGUCUACCCGUUGCAUCCCGAGGAGUUCGAGUUGCCCUCAUUGGGGCUCUCACCCUCAUCGUCAAAAUGCAGAGCACGCCCGAUCUUGGUCACGUCUACGAAGCAGUGAAAAUCGGCCAAGUCGAAACAAAAGCCGCAGCUGAAAGCCUAGCGCAUCACGUCAACAGCCUCAAAAAUGAGCUCAACGAAACAAACACCAAAGCUUAA